AACGGGUAUUUCUGCCGAAAAUCAAUGUUUAAUUAGUUCUGAAAGAGAUAUUCAUAUAUUUGACAUUGGCCAGUAUAUUGAAAAACCCAUUGACGACACAUUAAAACAAAAUAUUUAUCUGAACACAUGGACUCCACACUCAACCUUCAAUUUUGAAGUACAAACAAAAAAUGAAAAAAAAGAAACUUUCAAACUAAAUGGUUCGAGAGAUUUUCUUGGUUAGCAAGCAUAUUCAAAUUUUGCAAAAGGCGCAUUCUGUAAAGUUUGUGUUCUUUUUUUAAAAAAGACGGUUGUGAAAAAGGUAGCCAUCAAUUUCCCAAAUUACUUUUAUCUCUACCAUUCAAAAAUUGGAAAGAUGCAAUUGAAUGUUUCACCACCCACGAGAGCGCCGAAUACCACAAAGAGGUCACGAUAAAACUCAGACCUUUAUAUCGACAAUGAAGGAUCCAUCAAAAAGUAUCAACUUUAUUAUGGAUAAAAAGACUUCUGAAGUUCUGGCAGAACAAAAAUACAAAGUUCGUGUAGUGAUUGAAACUAUAUUGUUAUGUGGCAGAGAAGACAUCGCCUUAAGAGGAAGUAGAGAUUCCGGAACCCUUUCAUUAGACAAAAAAAAAUCAAAGCUAAGGAAAUUUGAGGGCAUUGUUGCGGUAUAGAGCAUCUGGGGAUGAUAUCCUAAAAAAAAGUUUGGAGAAUACCCCUAGGAACGCAACAUACAUAAGUCCCAGGAUUCAAAACGAGAUAAUAUUUAUUAUUGGGUCGUAUAUUCAGAAAUCUAUUGUUGAUGAAAUAAAACGGGCUGUAUUCUUUUCAGUUCUUGCUGAUGAGUCUACCGAUAUUUCCGGCAAAGAACAACUCUCACUUUGCAUACGAUUUUAUAAUAAGGAGUCGAAUAAACUAAAGGAAUGUUUCCUCUGUUAUGUGGAAGUAGAGGGAUUGACGGGGAAUGAAAUAUCUACAGUUAUAAUAAACAAAAUUGUAAGCUUGGGAUUGGAUCCUGAAUUCUUAAGAGGCCAAGAAUAUGAUGGUGCAUCAAAUAUGGCAGGAAAUUAUAAUGGAGUUCAAGCCAUAAUAAAAACGAAAUAUCCAUCGGCAAUUUAUAUUCACUGCUCCUCCCACAUACUUAACUUAAGUUUAAAUGCAGCCUCAAAGCUUCCAGAUAUUCGAAACAUUUUUUCAAUUAUUUCUGAAAUUUGUACCUUUUUUCGAAGAUCUCCUAAAAGAUCAGGUGUAUUAUCCAAAAUGUUUACAGAAGGAAAUAAGCCUUCAAAACGGCUACCAAACUUUUGCGAAACACGAUGGGUGGAACGCCAUGACUCUGUUCAGAUUUUUAAUGAGUCUCUAGAAGAAAUUAUACAAUCGUUGGAAGAACUAGGGGAAAAAGGCUGCUCUGAUGCACUUAGUUUUCAUCACAGAAUUGUGAAAUUUGAUUUUUUAUUGGGUGUGGCUGUAACAUCUCGUCUACUCGAGCUCACCCUGCACUUAUCCCAAUACCUUCAGACUGUUAACCUGGACAUAGUUCAAGCAUAUGAUCAUAUUCAUUUAGUUGUGGGAAAGUUAAAAACUAUACGAGAAAAUGCUGACGAGGAGUUCCACAAAAUAUACCUUGAAACAAGAAUUAUAGCUGAAAAAUUUGGAGUUGAAGUAUCUGUUCCAAGAAGGGUGGGUACCCAAAAGUACAGAUCAAAUGUAGCAUGUUCGGACUCAGAAUCUUAUUACAGGAUAACAUUAUUUGCACCUUAUUUGGACGAACUCAUUGCAAACAUGACAAGCAGAUUCCUUGAAAAUGAAAGUGUCGUUAAAACUUUGUCAAAUAUUGUACCCUCUAGAGUUGUAAGCUGUUCGUAUAACGAUUUUCAAGAUAUGAUGAAUUUUUAUGAAAAAGACUUGAGAAACUGUAAGCGAGAAGUUCUAUCAGAGUUGGAAUUAUGGAUCACGAUGUGGAAGAGAAAAACGUCCCGAACAUCCAAUCCUCUUGAAGCAAUUGUAGACUGUGAUGAAAAUCUGCAGAAAGGAGUUUUUCAACAUUACGUAGAAUAAAAACGUAUCUCCGAAACCAAAUGCAUAGUCAACGAUGUUCGUCAUUAGCCCUAAUGUCGGUAUAUAAAUGUGAUGUAAAUAUAGACGAUAUUCUAAAUAUCUUUUUUUCUAAAAAUAGGAAGCUAAAUAUGUUAAACUAAAACAUUUUAUAAGUAACACUGUAUUUAAUGAUCUCAAUGUGUAUACUAAGUAUACAUAUAGCUUAUAUACUGAAUAUAACUUUUUUUCAUUUAUUUUUAUAAAAAUUGAAUUAACAGAAUUAAUAAAAUAUUAAAAUUAUAAUAAGACUAAUUCAAAUUUACCUACAUAUCUUUUAAUGGGAAAUUGAAGCUAAUAAUAUAUUAAGAGUUGCUGAGCAUCCCUACAUUUCAGGAGUAGGUCAAGUUGACUUUCUUCCAUAUCGCACAGAGGCUCAACC